CACCCCUGAACCUGGCCCCUGACUGCCCUUUGCACCACUGCCUAGUGCAAGGAAAGAGAACGCUGCACAGGGCACCCCUGAACCUGGCCCCUGACUGCCCUUUGCACCACUGCCUAGUGCAAGGAAAGAGAACGCUGCACAGGGCACCCCUGAACCUGGCCCCUGACUGCCCUUUGCACCACUGCCUAGUGCAAGGAAAGAGAACGCUGCACGGGGCACCCCUGAACCUGGCCCCUGACUGCCCUUUGCACCACUGCCUAGUGCAAGGAAAGAGAACGCUGCACGGGGCACCCCUGAACCUGGCCCCUGACUGCCCUUUGCACCACUGCCUAGUGCAAGGAAAGAGAACGCUGCACGGGGCACCCCUGAACCUGGCCCCUGACUGCCCUUUGCACCACUGCCUAGUGCAAGGAAAGAGAACGCUGCACGGGGCACCCCUGAACCUGGCCCCUGACUGCCCUUUGCACCACUGCCUAGUGCAAGGAAAGAGAACGCUGCACGGGGCACCCCUGAACCUGGCCCCUGACUGCCCUUUGCACCACUGCCUAGUGCAAGGAAAGAGAAUGCUGCACGGGGCACCUGUGAACCUGGCAACUGACUACCCUUUUCACCAUUGCUGAGGGCAGGAUAAAGCUGUGGAACAAACUCUCACAGGAUCCAAGAGCUGCUACAGAUUUCCCCCAGCUGCCAUUCCAAGCACAAAGUGCAUUUCUUUGAUCUGCCUCCACCCGUGAAAACAGCCGACACCUCAGCCAGCAUUAUUUUUAAAAAUUGCCAAAAGAAUUUUCAGGAAUCAAUGGCAUGUGCACUUCUCCGCCUGAGAGGAAAAGGAAGAGAGAAGGAGAGAACCACAUGAGAGAGUCCUGUCAAGUGACUGACACAGCCGUCAGGCACAGAGGCACUGGCUGCAACAGAAGAGCCUGUCAGACUGAACCGCAAAGGCACGGCCCGCACGCUAAAUAAUUCCCCAGCUCUGAUUUCCCAGCAUUGCCUGGCUUCUUUGCCCAGUAGGGCCAGGCGUGUGUUAUCUGGCCCCAAGCAUGGCCUUGGCACUAAACCAAUUUCAAAGCACUCUACAAACAUGCACUAAGAAAACCUCGUAAAACCUGCAUGAGAUGGGUGAAUAAUGGCAUCCCUUCCUCUCUGUUCUGGGUGGGGCAACAGGCCCAGAGCAGCGAAGUGACUUGCCCUAGGUCUCUUAACGGCCAGGAGGCCUGAAGCCCCUGGGCACGUUAGGCCCUCAGCACUUACAGGUAAUAGCGUUUUACAAUCCGGCCCUGGAGAAAAGUGUGAAAUUAGCGACUGGGCUUCUUUACAACCCAACACCUUCUGUGAUACAGUUAAACCUAAAAAUGCCCCCGCAACAAACCUCCCCAUCAAACCAAGUUCUGCUUUCCUGUGAGACACCAGAGCCUUCCCCAUGGAAAACAAACUCCAGCAGCAGCAAGGCUAGCAUGCUGCCUCCCUGGCAACGGAGAUCCAAGCUGGCAGGCAAGGCAGGUUUGCAACUGAAAGGCCUGUACAAGUGCUAAGCAUGACUUGUGAGGACAGUAACCCCAGAGAUUUGUUCUAUCCCAGAGGGCUGUGAGCAGGGCUCAUUCAGUACCAGCCAAAAGCCCAAGGCACUUCUUGCUACAUCCUACUGCAGACAGGCAGCCUGUUGCAUGGGGGCUAGUGGAGGUUGUUGAUGGGGGAGCCCGGCAGCCCCGCACUCCAGGCUGUUCUCUUCGAGCAGCAGAAGGGCCUGUUCCCCAGCAGCACCGUACCAAGCCAAGAUCCCCCGUUCGCCCUCCUGGAGCCAGCUUCCGCCCUGAAGAAGGGCUUUGAGGAGUGGGCGGUCAGCGGGGGCAGCGGGCUGAACGACAGCGAGCCCGAGGACUUCCUCAACGUGAUCAUCAACCCCAACGAAGUCUACAGCCCGGGGUGCGCGCGGGCCUCCCCAGGCAGCGAUAGCAGCAUCUCGGAUGAGCCCGGCUCGGACAGCCCCCGGCCCGGCUCGGGGGGCCCCGCCGCCUUCUGCGCAGUCAUCUGCAACCAGAGCGACCCCCUCCACAGCGACAUGGUCUCCAUCCAGCUGGGUGACUGGUUGCCCCCCCUGCUGAUCCCUGACGCCUGCAUCGUGAAUGAGCUGUCGUCUGCACCCCUAUCUGACGUGGCCAGGCCUGGCACGGUGCCCAUGGUGGUGAGCACUGGGGACAUGCAGGCAGCUGUGGCCCUGCUGCAGUUCCCGGAUCUGUUCCUGACGGACGAGGAGAAGCGGCUGCUGUCGCAAGAGGGGGUGUCCCUGCCCAGUAACCUGCCACUCACCAAGGCCGAGGAGCGGCUCCUGAAGAAGGUACGGAGGAAGAUCCGGAACAAGCAGUCGGCCCAGGACAGCCGGCGGCGGAAGAAGGACUACAUCGAUGGGCUGGAGAGCCGGGUGGCAGCAUGUUCAGCCCAGAACCAGCAGCUGCAGAAGAAGGUGCAGGAGCUGGAGAAACACAAUGUAUCCCUGCUGGACCAGCUGCGUAACCUGCAAGCGCUGAUCAAACCCAGGCCCAGCAAAGCCGCGCAGACCAGCACCUGCAUCCUGAUCCUGAUCUUCUCCCUGGGACUCGUCAUCUUCCCCAGCUACAGCCCCCUGCGCGGGGGCUCGCGGGGCAGCCAGGACAGCUACCAGCCCACCGGAGUGAUCUCUAGGAACAUCCUGAACCAGGGGGAGUUCUCAGAACUGGCCGAAGCCCCCAGCCCCAAGGAGCCGUUGGCCCCAGAGCCUGAACCACCCCUGGAGGAGCAGCUGGGGUCCGAGGCUGCGGUGGAGGAGGGAGUGGAAGGAGCAGCCGGGGGCCCAACCCUUCUGGGUGCCGGGAGCCAGAAGAAGGGCACAAACAUGUCAGCUCAGGCCCAGCUGGAGCAGCAGGCGGCUCCCAAGGGGCUGCCCCAGUGGAACGGACCCGGAGCCAGCAGGAAUGCCGCUAAGUCAGUCCACGCCGACGAGAUGUGAGGGGCAGCAGGGACCAGACUGGCCGGAGAGCUGCUUUCCCAGGGCUGGCUGGAGGGGGUACAGCAUCUCCAGGGGUCCCCUGGGACACCUGCCGUACCCCUCUACCAACAAGCCCAGUUCACACUGGUGUCAGGGAGCCAGCCUCAGCGCACGGGGCACUCGGCUCUCACUCUCUGCCCAGCAUCUCUGCAGCUGGGACGUCCCAGUCUGGUACCUCCUGCCAAGUCAGCUCCGGGGGCCCUGCUGGGGCGUCUGGAACGGCAACAAAUCCUGUUCCUUCUGCCCUGCGGGGGCAUUGCCAGGCCUGGGACGAGGGGGGCCACAUGCAGCUCCCCAGCUGUGCUCUGAAUGGCCCAGAGCUCCCUCCCCAAUCCACAGCCCCUGGGUCACACCAGGCUUCCCACACAGGGGAGAGCCCUGGCCCACUGCUUCCCUGGGAUGGGCAACGCGCUUGCAGCAGCCACGCUGCCUCUCCUGCCUGCCCCAUGCCGCUCUUCCCACAGGACGGCUCAGAGGCCAGGUAGCCCCGGGCAAGUGGACCAGCUCAUCAGAUCACCUACAGGGCUCGGAUCAAGCCACCCAUGCCCUUUCCUGGGCUACCUGAAAGAGUCACCAGCCAGUGCUGGGCUAUGGGCUCCCCAGCCCUGGAGGUCCUGCUCUGCACGGCACCUUUGGAAUCGGCUCCAGCUGCCUGAUCGGGGCAUCUGCCCCUGCAGUGAGGUUUGUAGCAAGCCAAGGAAGAGAGAAGGCUCCUGACACCUUCAUCCCUCGUAUAGAUUGUGCCAAUCACAACACGUCUUCCAUUCGUCUCGUAGCCUGGCCUUCCUUCUCCCUGUGCGGCCAGGUCUUUGCACGCUAAAACAACUUUUUGGAGGGCCUUCCCAGCUCUUUGGAGGUCGGCCGAGUGGUUGUUUCAGUUCCCCUGGGGACCGCUCAGCGACAGCUGCAGUCCAUCGUCGGUGAGCCUCGCUAUAAGCCCGGCCCAUCACAUUUCAUUGUACCUGCUCUCGAUGACGACAUCCCGCACUCCACUCUGCUGUCUGAUCACUUCACCGGGGACUCAGUCGCAGGUUGAAAGUCCCAGAAUUCUUCUUUCUGUCGCCCUCUCCGUGACAGACAGUUGCUGUUUCUCUGUCUUCAUCAGUGCCCACGUUUCGCUGCCGUAUGAUGUAGCUGGUAGUACCGUUGAGUUGAAGAGCCUGCCUUUCUUUGGAGGGCAAUCGUCAAGAUCUAAAGAACUAACGUCCAAUAUGCCUGCUCUCACAUGUCUACAAGCUGGUCACCAAAAUAACAACAAACUGAGUCUCACAGAGUCUGGAUGAGCAGCAGCCGAGAGAGCAGGCAGGUUUUUGAAAGAAUUUCAGCACAAUGGACCAUAUUUUUACUAUAAACCAACUAUUGGAACACUCAAGGGAAUACACAUUCCCUUAUGUAUUGCCUUCAUCAAUGAUGAAAAAGCAUUCGACAGCGUAGAGAUCAAUGCAGGGCUGAAAGCUCUCGCAGAGCAGGGCAUCGACACAAACUAUACCAAAAUAUUAAAGGAAAUGGCCAUUGCAUUACCUUGAAAUGGUAAUGUGGCGGAUGAAUGGGAGGAUGGUAUCAACAUCAAUGGAGAGCAGUGAAUGGAGCAGAUUUGCGGAUGAUAUUUUGUUGAUUGCCAAAAAUACUAUCAGACUACAGAAAAUGUUGCAAGAGCUCAACACAAAAAGCAGCCAAGUCGGACUGAAAAUUCACCGCUCCAAAACUAAAUUUACGCCAUCUGGUACUUGGCCAAAAGCCCAAAUAACAAUCAAGAGAGAACCAAUUGAAGAAGUUGAGCAAUACGUCUAUUUGGGCCAAGAAAUUAACAUCAGGAAGAUGAACUCUCGUGAGGAAAGAAAGCAUUCAAUUCUAUGAAGGAGGCUUCUGACUGGAAGGAAAUAAGUAGCCACAGUCAAGCUCCAUCCACAACCCCCAAACUCCACCCACAAUUCCACAUUGCCCAGCUGUUUCUACUAAAAUGCUCAGCCAGGCAAUUGGCCACCAUUAGGUUCCAGAGUCAGCACUGUACCCCAGGCUGCUGGCGCCUCUCUCUGUGCUCUCUGCUGACCCGGGGAUGCAGUACCGCGGGGUUGGGGGGUGGGGGGCAGUUUGGUGGGAACCAAAAGGGCUAGAAAUGUUCAGUUUUAGACAAAUGCGGUAAUGCUGCCAGCUGCACCAGGCGCAGACGGAACACAGCCCGUCUGGGUGGAGCCUGACCCCAGCGCAUGGCAGGGAGCUGGGUUCAUAUCGCAGGGGGUGCUCAUGGCACAGCUGUUUUCUAUUAUGAGCCCCCACCUACCCCGUGCCAGUCGCAGGUGGCGUCUCCUGUGCGGGGAGGGAUGGCGAAUGUCUCUAGUUAAUAAAAUAUCAUGUUUCGUUU